UUUUAAGUUUGAGAAGUACAAGAUAAUAACAUUGGUCAAACACCUCACGAACAGAGUUCCAGAUUCAGACAGAUCUUCAAAGUACCAAAGGAAGAGAUCAGACAACGAUGGCUGGGAGAUUUCGUCAGAGAGACGGCUGGAUCAUGACGGCGAUGGUGGCGGUUGUGGUCUCAGACGUGGGAAUGAAUACUCUGUUCAAAGCGGCUAGCUCAAAGGGAAUGAGCUCUUACGUCUUCCUCGUAUAUUCUUAUGGAAUCGGAGCUCUUCUUCUCCUUCCUUCUCCUUUCCUCACCCACAGGUCAAGAUCUCUACCACCUUUAAAAUUCUCAGUACUCUGUAAAAUGGGACUUCUUGGUCUACUUGGAUGUGUGUACUUGAUGUUAGGUUACACGGGACUUAAAUAUAGCUCUCCUACUUUGGCUUCAGCGAUGAGUAAUCUUACUCCGGCUUUCACCUUCAUUUUCGCUCUUCUCUUCGGAAUGGAGAAGGUGUCUAUAAAGAAAAAUAGCAGCUUAGCCAAAGUGGUGGGCACAAUAGUUUCGACAGUAGGUGCACUUGUGGUCACUCUCUAUCAUGGUCCCAUCAUCUUCGCCGCUUCUCAGCCGUCCGUUUAUCUUCCUCAGUCUCUCUCGUCGCCUCCAUCGCCACCGUCAACUUCUAAUUGGGUCAUCGGAGGAUGUCUCCUAGCCCUUGAAUACACUCUAAUCGCCAUUUCGUACAUCAUACAGACACAUAUUAUGAGGGAAUAUCCGUCGGAAUUUGCCUUGGCACUUUCCCACAAUGUUUGUGUUUCGAUCUCUUGUGCGUUUGUUAGUAUUUUCACAGAGAAGAACAAUCCAAGCGCGUGGAUUAUGAGAUCGAGUAUAAUGUUGAUAUGCAUUGUUGCAACAGGGAUGGUAAACUCGACGGGCUAUGUUGUGGAGUCGUGGACGGUGCGACAUAAGGGACCAUUGUUUCUAGCAAUGUUUAGGCCGUUAGCUAUAUUAACCGCAGUUGUAUUAGGCGCCAUUUUUCUAGGCGAUUCUCUCUAUCUAGGAAGUGUGAUUGGUGGAAUGUUGAUAUCAAUAGGUUUUUACACGGUUAUGUGGGGAAAGGCAAAGGAAGAGAAGGCAGAUAUCGAUAUUCAUCAUGUUGCUUCAUCGUCACAUUCGAAGAGAGUUCCACUUUUGAUGAAUUACGCAGCUGAGAAUCAAGUGUAGUAACAUCUUGCUUGUUCAGAGGGUUUCGGGUCCUAUAAUCCAUGUACUUCAGUUGCGCAGUUUUAGCGAUUUAGCUUCAUCCAUUGGUCCUGAAUGUGGAACAAUCUACUGGCCGAACCAGGACCAACUGUAAAGCAAAUAGUAUCAUGGGUCGGUUUGUAUAAAAGCUAAGUGACAUUAAGUAGAAUUGCAAGGAUAAUUGUUUUUCGGUCAGUAUAUUGCGCAAAGUGACUAGGGCCCAUGAAUUAAAUUAAUUAUCUUAUUUGGUAGUUUUCUAUUUUCCACUGUAAUUGACCCAUGGGGAUUU